CGAUUUAGUUGUACUUGAUUUUGUGUAAUCAUUAUAUCAAAAAAGUAUUCAAAUAAAAGAUUUAAACACGCUAUAAGUUAUUCGUAGAUAUACUGACUGCGAGCCAUCUGUUUCAGAAAAACAAAAAUGUUUUUCAUGAAGUUACUUUUUAUUAUUUUUAUUGGUAAAUACUUUGAAAACGUAAUAUUUGCUGCAUACAAUCCAUUACUAACUUAUACGAUACGAUUUCAAAAAUUGACAUUUAAACCCAACAUAACUGGAAAUUAUACGAUUGACAAAUAUAAAGAAAACGAAUUCGUUAAUGGAUAUGUUGCAAUUAAUUCGUCAGAAAUAAUAGACAAGCUUGUCGUAUUGUUUCAUCGCUGUAAUCCAGAAGGUGUAAACUGUGAAUAUUUCCAAUCAUGGGAAUUAACCGAUCUUUGCCCUAAAUUAAGGGAUAAAAAUCAAUUAUGGUCCAGUUGGUAUGGAUCACUUGACCCACAACCAAAUUGUCCAGUAACAAAAGUGAAUUCAUAUAUAAGAAAUGGCACUAUUGAUUUUGCCAAAGCGGUUCGAUGGUAUCCAGAUUGUGUUAACUAUCAAUGGAAAGUGAUACAAAAGUUUUAUGCCGGUGAACGUUACUUUGGUAGUUACUCCUUUGAUCUAUCAGUGUUUAGCUACAGAAAAAGAAACAUAAAAAAAUCAAAACAAUAAAAUGUAAUUAAUUUUACAUAAAAAAAUAUUUUACAAUUUAUUAUUUAUUUAGAUUAUUUAAUUUCAUUAAAAAUCACACCUACAUCAAGAUAUUUAUAUUUUGAAACUCAAUUAUGUAUUUUAUCAUCUAACUUUAUUAUAUAAGUGUAA